CCGAGCUAGAGCCGGAGGAGCCGGGCGCGGGCGGCUGCGGUCCCGGUGGCGGCGGGGGAAGAUGGUGGCGCUGGAGGCGGGAGCAGCUGGAGAGCAGCUUUAUUCCCAGGCUUGGCACGGUCGCUGUCACUAGCGCCGCCUGCUCCCGCGGGCCCGCGGACCCAGCUGUCAGGCAAGGUACCACCGCCAGGGCGGGCUGGGCCCCUUGGAGCCAAAAUGAGCGCGCAGUGAGCCAGCGCAGCCUCUCGCCAGCCAUCCCCCGACGCCCACCAUGAACCACUUGGAGGGCUCCGCGGAGGUGGAGGUGGCCGACGAGGCGCCAGGAGGGGAGGUGAACGAGUCCGUGGAGGCCGACCUGGAGCACCCCGAGGUGGUGGAGAGACAGCAGCCGUCGCCAUCGCCCCCGCCGCCCGCAGGUCACGCGCCCGAGGACCACCGCGCGCAUCCCGCUCCGCCGCCGCCACCGCCACCGCCACCACCGCAGGAGGAGGAGGAGGAAGAGCGCGGCGAGUGCCUGGCGCGCUCGGCCAGCACGGAGAGCGGCUUCCACAACCACACCGACACGGCCGAGGGCGACGUGCUCGCCGCGGCCCGCGACGGCUACGAGGCGGAGCGCGCGCAGGACGCCGACGAUGAGAGCGCCUACGCCGUGCAGUACCGGCCCGAGGCCGAGGAGUACACGGAGCAGGCGGAGGCCGAGCACGCCGAGGCGGCGCAGCGGCGCGCGCUGCCCAACCACCUGCACUUCCACUCGCUGGAGCACGAGGAAGCCAUGAACGCCGCCUACUCGGGCUACGUCUACACGCACCGGCUCUUCCAUCGCGCCGAGGACGAGCCGUACGCCGAGCCCUACGCUGACUACGGCGGCCUCCAGGAGCACGUGUACGAGGAGAUCGGGGACGCUCCCGAGCUGGAGGCGCGCGAAGGCCUGCGGCUCUACGAGCGCGAGCGCGACGAGGCGGCCGCCUACCGCCAGGAGGCUCUGGGCGCGCGGCUGCACCACUACGACGAGCGCUCCGACGGCGAGUCCGACAGCCCCGAGAAGGAGGCGGAGUUCGCACCCUACCCGCGCAUGGACAGUUAUGAGCAGGAAGAGGACAUCGACCAGAUCGUGGCCGAGGUCAAGCAGAGCAUGAGUUCGCAGAGCCUCGACAAGGCGGCCGAAGACAUGCCCGAGGCGGAGCAGGACCUGGAGCGCGCCCCGACCCCGGGAGGGGGACACCCCGACAGUCCCGGGCUGCCAGCACCUGCCGGGCAGCAGCAGCGGGUCGUGGGAACGCCGGGAGGCAGCGAGGUUGGGCAGCGGUACAGCAAGGAAAAGAGGGAUGCCAUCUCGCUGGCCAUCAAGGACAUCAAGGAGGCCAUCGAAGAAGUGAAAACCAGAACCAUCCGUUCGCCUUACACCCCAGACGAGCCCAAAGAACCCAUCUGGGUCAUGCGCCAGGACAUUAGCCCCACGAGGGACUGUGACGACCAGAGGCCCGUGGACGGAGAUUCUCCUUCUCCUGGCAGUUCCUCACCCCUGGGUGCUGAGUCAUCAAGCAUACCCCUUCAUCCCGGCGACCCCACAGAAGCUUCCACAAACAAAGAGUCAAGAAAAAGCUUGGCUUCAUUCCCAACCUACGUUGAAGUUCCUGGACCUUGCGACCCUGAAGACUUGAUCGAUGGAAUUAUUUUUGCUGCCAAUUACCUUGGUUCCACUCAGCUACUCUCAGACAAAACUCCCUCCAAAAAUGUGCGCAUGAUGCAGGCCCAGGAAGCAGUAAGCCGGAUCAAGACGGCCCAGAAAUUAGCCAAAAGCAGGAAGAAGGCUCCUGAAGGCGAAUCUCAGCCAAUGACUGAGGUGGACCUCUUCAUUUCUACCCAGAGGAUCAAAGUACUGAACGCAGAUACACAGGAACCUAUGAUGGACCACCCUCUGAGGACCAUUUCCUACAUCGCAGACAUUGGGAACAUCGUCGUGCUGAUGGCCCGCAGGCGGAUGCCCCGCUCUAACUCCCAGGAGAAUGUGGAAGCCUCUCACCCUUCCCAGGAUGGAAAAAGACAGUACAAGAUGAUCUGCCAUGUCUUUGAGUCUGAGGACGCCCAGCUGAUCGCGCAGUCCAUAGGACAGGCAUUCAGUGUUGCAUACCAGGAAUUCCUCAGGGCCAAUGGCAUUAACCCAGAAGACCUCAGCCAGAAGGAAUACAGUGACCUGCUCAACACCCAGGACAUGUACAACGAUGACCUGAUCCACUUCUCCAAGUCGGAAAACUGCAAAGAUGUCUUCAUAGAGAAGCAGAAAGGCGAGAUCCUAGGAGUUGUGAUUGUGGAGUCUGGCUGGGGAUCCAUUCUGCCAACCGUGAUCAUUGCCAACAUGAUGCACGGAGGCCCUGCCGAGAAGUCAGGGAAGCUGAACAUCGGGGACCAGAUCAUGUCCAUCAAUGGCACCAGCCUGGUGGGCCUGCCGCUCUCCACCUGCCAGAGCAUCAUUAAGGGCUUAAAGAACCAGUCCCGAGUGAAGCUGAACAUUGUGAGGUGCCCCCCAGUGACCACAGUGCUAAUAAGGAGGCCGGACCUUCGCUACCAGCUGGGUUUCAGCGUACAGAAUGGAAUUAUCUGCAGCCUCAUGAGAGGGGGGAUAGCUGAGAGAGGAGGCGUCCGCGUGGGACAUCGGAUCAUCGAAAUCAAUGGCCAGAGUGUCGUAGCCACACCACACGAGAAGAUCGUCCACAUCCUCUCCAAUGCUGUUGGGGAGAUCCACAUGAAGACGAUGCCGGCAGCCAUGUACCGACUGCUGACGGCCCAGGAACAGCCCGUUUACAUCUGAGCCGCACCUCCGUGGCGUGGUGUGGCGUGGUAUGGCGUGGCGUGGCGUGGCGGCAUGCAUGGAGGACUCUCCUCACCGUGGUUGUGUUUCUUGUGCUGCGUCCAUGUGUCCACUGAGACAUUCCCCUCUGGCACCCAACAUUUGGUCUUACAUGGGAAGAGAAGAAUCGGCAAGGACCUCUUUGCUCUCUGUCUCUCUCCAGUUUGUUUGGGUUUUUUUUUUUUUUCUUUUCUGUUUCUUCCUUAAUACCAGGGAAGUUUUGUGUGUGUCCUCUUGAGGGUGGAGAGCAGCUAAUAUCUCCCUGGGAUCAUGGUGGAGGGCCUUUGGGGGAUGCCCAAGGAGACAUCAUCUCUCCCCGGGAGACACAUACUUCCCUGAGGAAGCUCCCAGAGGCAGCGUGGAGGUGACUGAGCAGUGCCUAAAACUCAGUGGCUGAUCUCUCUGCCCUCCUCACCUCACCUGAUGGGAAGAUAGUUGGUGGCAGGUGACAGCGAUGAACAUCCUUAAAGCCCACAUCUUUAAAGAUGUCCGCUGCCUACUAUGUAGUUGUGGGCCCUGUACAUUGCUUCUGCCCAGAAUUUCUGAGCCACUUUUAAAUCUCUCCCAUGGUUUCUCUUAGUUGCAAUGUGUGUGUGCUAAUGCAGGCCUAACUGCUGAGAACCGAGGAAGUAACACCCUGGAUAGGGCUGCCGUGACACCACAGAGAUCCUGGCAAAUCACAGGGCCUACGAGGUCACCAGAUUGUCCAAGAUUACAAAUAUUGGAGGAUAACCACAGGCAGGUAUUAUCCUCCUAAUGUACUUACUGCACAGGCACUUACAUGUACAUCACACACACACACACACACACACACACACGCACUCAUGCACACACACACAUGUGCGCGUGCACACA